CGGAGAGCGGAGGCGGGAAGCAGCCAACAAAGAGAAUAAGAAAAGAAGGGAGCCGCGUUCGCUUUAUUUUUCUUUUUCUUUUUUUUUUUCUUCUUCCCCCCCACCCUUGCUGUUUUGCUUUUUUUUUUUUCUAAGCAUUUUUGAAACAAGUUUUCUUCAGAUCGUCUGGGCUUUUUUAUUAUUAUUAUUUUGAUUUUUUAUUUUUUUUACUUUUGGAAGCAUUUUUUUUUCAGUGUUGUGUGUGGAAAAAAAAAAAAGAAAAGCCAUCAACGUUAGUUUCAAGCCAAGUGGUUGAGGCGCUCUGCAGGGAGGAGGGGGGGAGGAAGGAAAAGUUGCCUUUGUUGUCAGCGAGUUCUUUUAUUACCUUUAUGUUACCAAAGGCCGGCGGCUGAAGAGAGGGUCGGUGCGAGCCUACCGGGCGCGCAGCCUUCUUCCCUCGCGCUGUCCGGGCUGCGAGAGGCCGGUGACUUUACCUGCCCGCAGCGCUCGGCGGCGGCGCCCUCCUCCGGCGCCCGCCCUGCUCCGGGCGAGGAGAGGCGGCCGGCGCUGCCGCCCCGAGUCCCGUGAGCGGCGCAGCCCGGGGCGCUCCCCCCGGGCCGAGCUGCGCAGGGGCGCCUCCCGGCGGCCCCGGCUGCCGGUUGCCAUGGUGCCGCGGCCCGGCGUGCUGUGGGCAGUGGCGGCGGCGGCGCUGGCGCUGCUAGGCCGUCGGACGGCGGCCGCGCUGGCGCUGGCGGGGCCGGUGGUCCGCUGCGAGCCCUGCGACGCGCGGGCGCUGCAGCAGUGCAAGCCGCUGCAGCCCGACUGCGCCGAGAGGGUGCGAGAGCCGGGCUGCGGCUGCUGCCUCACCUGCGCCCUGCGCCUGGGGCAGCCCUGCGGGAUCUACACGGAGCGCUGCGGCGCCGGCCUCAGCUGCCAGCCGCAGGGGGAAGAGGCGCGGCCGCUGCAGGCGCUGCUGGAGGGCCGCGGGCUCUGCACCAACGCCACGGCGGACGGCAAGCUGCGGGCCUUCGUGCUGCCCGGGCCGCUGGCUGAAGGAAAUUCCAGUGAUUCAGAAGAAGACAGGAGUACCAGUAGCAUAGAAAAUCAGGCCAUCCCAAACUCCCACAGGGUGCCAGAUUUGAAAUUGCAUCCACCGCACAUCAAAAUAGAUAUCAUCAGGAAAGAGCAAGCCAAAAAUACACAGCGCUAUAAAGUGGAAUAUGAUUCACAGAGUACAGAUACACUGAAUUUCUCUUCAGAAUCCAAACAAGAAACUGAAUAUGGUCCUUGCCGUAGAGAAAUGGAAGACACUUUAAAUCACCUAAAGAUCCUGAAUGUCUUGAGUCCCAGGGGUUUCCAUAUUCCAAAUUGUGACAAGAAAGGGUUCUACAAGAAAAAGCAAUGUCGUCCAUCCAAAGGUCGAAAAAGAGGUUAUUGCUGGUGCGUGGAUAAAUAUGGACAACCGCUUCCUGGGUAUGAUGGCAAGGGAAAAGGAGACGUCCACUGCUAUAACUUGGAAAGUAAAUGAGGGCUGGAUGCCAGCUCUUCAGGCAUCUGUGUGUGGCAGCUGGACCGAGCAGAGGCCUUCGUGGGGCUGGGCAAACACCAUGUACUGCAUUGCGCAAGGAGUUAUGGGCACUGCCUCCUGUGGCGGUUAGGGGAGUAGAGGCCUCUAUGGACUCUGCAGCUGCACCCUGCCACUAAAACAUGUUGGGCUUUCUACAGAAUGUGUAGGGAGCUCUGAAUUCCCCUGUCAACCUGCACUAUUGAUACCCAGAGAGAAAGAAAAACACAAGGCACUUCAGAAUGGAUUCAGGGAGUAUCCACUGACUUUUUAAAGAAUGGCCUGUGACCAAUUUGAUCCUAAAAGAUUCUGUUUUUUAUUUUAAAUAAUUUAUAGAUUGCAAACUUGUAGAGUUGUUAAAGCAAAACAAAAACAAAGGCACACGUGCGCACAAAAAAAAAAACCCACAAGGAUUUAAAGGCUAAGGUUAAGCUUUUUUUUACAAGUCUGAUGGGAAUCUUCACGGGUAAAAAGUUUUAUAAAAAUCUCAAAACUUUUUAAGAAACAUAUUUCUAAAAUAAAUACAUGACUAUUUUUUCUGUAAAAUAUAUUAUGAAUAUUCUGUUAGUCUGUAAUAUAAUUGUUUUUAAACUUUAUUUAAAUGUAACAUGUGAAUACCAAAUAUUACACAAUAAUUCUAGUGUAUACUUCUGUAUGCAAAGAGAAAGUAAAAGUAUGGGAUGCUUUACAAAUAUGUAUAGAUCCAUAUGCAUAAACACUGACCUGUUCUAGGUAACAGAAAUGAAUUUGUGGAGUGAAGGAGGUGUUUCCAGAAGAAAGAGUUUCAUUAUUUGAUGUAGGUACAAAUACUCUGAUAAUCUUUAAAAUUCUUUUCAAUUAUUUUACUUUUAAUGUACCCAUCACUGAAUUAUACCACUGGAAAGAAUAACAGUUGCACUGAAGCUCUCUGUAAAACAUUCUUCUAUCUGUCCUUUGCUUCAUUUAGUGCAACAGAGCUUAAAUUUCCUCUGUUUCCUUCAUGCUAACAUAGAAUAUUCAUGGACAAAAAAUUUCCAUUACAGUACCAGCCUUUCUAUUUGCUUAUUUAUUUUUAAACGCUCUCUCUAUUCUAUGUGGUCUUCAUAUACUCUGCCAAAGUAUGCAUUCUGUAUGAGGAUCUUUUGUUUAAAACAAUGCGAACAAGAUGGGAGGAUUGUGGGCCUCCACAAUUGUUGAGACCUGUGUGCUUCAUUUAUGCUACACACAAUUGUUGCUUCCUUUGACUUUGGUAGAAAUUAUUUGCCUGCAUUGAAUAAGAUCCAUAGGGUUUAAAUAUUUAAAUUGUCUGCUAUGAUAUGUCCUUUUAAUAUGAAGAUAAGUGUGAUGCUGUUACAUAAGGAAGUCUUUGGCAGCAUUUUUUCUUUUUAGGCUGAUUGUUUAUUGAACUUCAUGACAAAUUCUGUAUGACAGUGAAAUUUGGAUAAGUAAAGGUGGCCUGUGAAAUGUAACAUCUCUCUGGAAAGUAAUGCCAUAUUUUGUAUAUGUAUUUAUUUAUAUAUUUUAUAUAAAUAUUUUAUAUAUUUAUAUAAAUAUAUAAUAUAUUCUUAUAUGUGUCACUAUAAAUGUUUGUCACUGUAGAAAAAAGAACCAGCACCACUGUAAUUUCCUGUUGGGUUGGGAAUUCGAUGGAGAGUGAUAGCACUACUCUCAUGCAGCUUUCCAGCCAUUGGAAACAGUGGUUGUGCUGAUGGAGGGGAGACCAUGGAGUCAAGGAGCCUGUUCCUCUCCCACCCUGUGAGUUACAGCCACCUGUGUUUCCUGCAAUGGCAUAUGUCUUGAAACUUUAUUGUGGAAAGAUUUGGAUAUGCGGCUUGCAGGAUUGAGGUGGCUGAUCACUAUAAAUCAAAUGUUCAAUGCCUUACCCUGAAAUGUAGCCCCGUGUGUAUUCUGUGCAUAUUCCUAAUUUAUAUCUAAUGAAAUAGGUUCACAACAUUGUUAAAACUGAAAUUUUAAACCUAAAAGUAAUAAGAAAAAGUGUAUGUAAGGUGGUGCUUAGUUCAGGUUGAUACAAACUUCCUGACAGAUAGUUACAGAAAGCUUUGUGAGUUGAAGAUUUAUUGCAAUAUUUUUACUGCUAAUGCAAAUGUAAUGCCUGCAAAUAUUUGUUGGCAAAUUAAAAUAAAUAAAUGACUUUU